AUGAUUUUCAGACAUCAACAUGCCUUUCAAGGACUUCUGACUAUUCUGGGUCACCUCCUUCCAGUACAUGGCUUACAGUUAAGCCUACUCGACAAGUCCGACGUCCAAUGCAGCCGCGGCGAUCUCAACCAGCUUGUGCUCAGCAAGUACACCUUCAACAGCUGCCCCAUCCCAGCGGAAGACUCUGCCCUUGGUAACACAUCGUUGAGUCUUCCCUGGACACAUCCCCGACAGUGCGUCGAUGCGGCUCACGGACCGGAAGACCAGUUCUGCGCCUAUACCGCCGCCACCAGUGGUCCGUACGGUGUCUCCGUCGUUGCUGUUCCGGAACACGCGGCGCACUUCGCGGGCUUCGUGGCCGAUACCUACCAGCAUGCGUUGCAAGAUACCCCUUACAAUGUAGUCGAGAUCCCCGGCAAAGGCCGUGGCGUCGUGGCUACUCGUCUGAUAAAGAAGGACGAGCCCAUUCUCGCCGACUAUGCCAUCCUCGUCGUGGACUCACGGGUCAUGCUUUCGCUUACCGAGGAAGACAGCAACGCUCUGCUUCGUCUCGCGACGGACCGUCUGGCGAAGCCGCAUCGUGUCUACGAUGGCGCCAGGGCGCAUCCUGAACAUGAUAUCGUGCUUGAUGUUCUCGCCACCAAUGCCUUUUCUCUCGACGUGGAAAAUGAGAGCUAUUAUCGGCUAUUCCCUGAGAUUGCGCUCAUGAAUCACGAUUGCACACCAAACGCCCGACCGCGGUUCUCGCCACGCAACUUUGGCGCUCUCGUCACAGCAAACCGAGACAUCCAAGCCGGGGAAGAAAUCACGAUAACCUACCUUGCCCCAGGCAUUCCCUUCUACGAACGUCGCAGUCGAAUGAAGAACUGGGGGUUCGAAUGCAGCUGUAAUAAGUGUACUGCGUCGCGAUCCGAGAUUCGAGCCUCCGAUGAGCGGACGCGUCAUAUAGAGAAGCAGUUGGCGACUUUGGACUCCCUUGUCGAGACAGGAGACCUCUUCAAGACAGUGGCUGUGAUGCGGGAGCUCAUGGCUGCGUGUGAUCAGGAGGGUGCGGAAGAACCCAAGAUCAAAAUCUACGAGACUCUGCAGGACGUGUUUAUGGGCUUGGGGAAGCUGGACCAAGCCAAAUUGUACGCGAAGAAGGCGAUUCACCUCAUGGUCCUGACUGGCCUCAUUGAUGAGCGUGACGAGGAGGCGACUGUUGUUUCCGAGUGGGCUGCACUGGAUGAUCAGUACGGGAAAUGA